GGGCCCUCCCUGCGGCGAAGCGGCCGGGCUGGAGCCCCCCGGUGCAGAGUGUCUUAAAGAUGGAUAUAGAGGACUGCAAUGGGCGUUCUUACAUAUCCGGUAGUGGUGACUCUUCUUUGGAAAAGGAGUUCACCUCCACGAUCGUGGGGCCCACAGUGAGCACACCGAACAGCCAACACUCCUCCCCAAUCCGCUCCCUUAGUGCAAAUUCUAUCAAGGUGGAAAUGUACAGUGAUGAAGAAGCAAGCAGGCUGCUGUCGCAGGACGACCGGCUGAUCGAAAAAGAUGACAGUGUGAUUGUGGAAGAUUCUCUCUCCGAGCCCCUCGGCUACUGCGAUGGGUCUGGGCAGGACCCGCACUCCCCUGGCGGCAUCCGGCUACCCAACGGCAAGCUAAAAUGUGAUAUCUGUGGGAUGGUGUGCAUCGGCCCAAAUGUGCUGAUGGUGCAUAAGCGCAGCCACACUGGUGAGAGGCCGUUCCACUGCAAUCAGUGCGGUGCCUCCUUUACCCAAAAAGGUAACCUCCUACGCCACAUCAAACUGCACUCGGGCGAGAAGCCUUUCAAAUGUCCUUUCUGCAACUACGCCUGCCGGAGAAGAGAUGCACUCACUGGCCACCUCCGCACGCACUCAGUCUCCUCCCCAACAGUUGGCAAGCCCUACAAAUGUAACUAUUGUGGCCGCAGCUACAAGCAGCAAAGCACGUUGGAAGAGCACAAAGAACGCUGUCACAACUACCUGCAGAGUCUUAACACUGAACCACAGUCGCUGGCUGGCCAGCAAGGUGACGAGAUGCGAGACCUGGAGAUGGCGCCAGACUCCAUGCUUCACUCCUCCGCCGACCGGCCCGCCUUCAUGGACCGGCUGGCAAACAGCAUCACCAAACGAAAACGCUCCACACCUCAGAAAUUUGUGGGAGAGAAGCAAAUGCGGUUCGGCCUCUCCGAAGUGGCAUUUGACAUCAACUCCAGCUUUGAAAAGGACGUGGAGAUGGUGGCUGCCCACCACCCCAUGGACGCCAGCUUUGGAGGUUCACUGUCAUUUGUGGGGGCAGAACACUUGCGCCCCCUCAGACUCCCCCCCACAAAUUGCAUCUCUGAGAUCACGCCUGUCAUCAGUUCUGUCUACACUCAAAUCCAACCCCUGCCAGGCCGGCUGGAAAUAGCAGGAAGCCGAGAAGCUGCCGAAGGCCACGAGGACCUUCCCGACGGGACACAGAUCGUGUACCGGGCAUCACGGGAGCCGAGCAUGGUAUCGCCUAGCAACGGCUGUCAGGAUUCCACAGACACUGAGAGCGUCCAUGAGGAGAGGGGCUCACAGCAGCCGCUGCUGCCCGGCCUUGGGAACUGCACCAGCAGCCGGCAGAGUCCGGCCUACGCCAAAGAGGACCUGAAACUGCAAGAGGGCAUUCUUCCCGCCAUGACUCGGUCAACCCCUAGCUCAGCCAAAGAAGCCCUGCGUGUGGUGAACGAUGAAGGGGAACAGGUCAAAGCCUUCAAAUGCGAGCACUGCCGGAUCUUAUUCCUGGACCACGUCAUGUUCACCAUCCACAUGGGCUGCCACGGCUUCAGAGACCCUUUCGAGUGCAACAUCUGCGGCUAUCACAGCCAAGACCGGUACGAGUUUUCCUCCCACAUAGUGCGGGGGGAGCAUAAAGUGGGCUAGCCCCCCAAAUUCUCUUUCCUCCCCACCCCCCUCGAAAUCUCACUCCCCGUCUCUAGUGCUCCAUCCUAAUUGGGCGUGGAACUGUUCGUUUCUUUUAUAACUCCUUUGCACUGACUUUGGCUAAAAAAGAGAAAUAUUAAAAAAAAAAAAAACUAACUACAUCCAUCAAACUUGAGAUGGGGAGGAGCUCCUAUUGAUUUGCCUUUUUCUAUGCUGUGUUAUUUAAAUAUUGUUAACUGGUUUUAAGAUUUGUUCUUUUUAAUUCUCUCCCCCUUGUAGUUAUUUAUUAAUCUUUAUUUGUUUGUAACCCUUUCCCCUAAAGUCAUUUUGCCAGGGACUUUCUCCACUGAAGGACACACUAGCCUCUGAAAAGCGUGUGUGCCUUUUAAGGUCUCAGUCCCUUCUUCCUCCUCCAUUCAAAGUUUCUUUGGGCUUCUUUUGGUUUCAGUUCAGGUGUCUGUCAGUCCAUCGUGUUAGGCAUCAAGAACCUCAAAUCAGGUGCUAAAAUAUUACUGAACUUCCCCAGUUUGAGGGGCUAGGAGAGCUGCAUCUUGUGCUAGCCCCAGGUGACGUCAGGAUAUGAACCACAUACGCCCUCUUUUCUGGGUGUCUGUGAAAUGGAGCAUAGACUAGUGUCUGGCUAGGAAUUCUAUGAUCCCAAGAACUCGAUACCUCCGUGCUUCUGCUCACGACUGCUUUUAAUUCAAAUGUGUUAUCUUUCCUCUGUUGGGGUACUGAAGGUAUGGAAAAUUUGCAGCCGGUGGAGAUGAAGGAGUUGCUGUGCCACCUAAGUUGAAGGGAGGUGGUGAGCCCUUUGUAUG